GAUGAGCUGCCUUCAAGCCAAACGGACGUAGCACAAAGUGUAACUAAAGAGGCUAGAUAGAAGCAACAGCUAGCUAAUACAAUAUCAACAACAACAACAAAAGCCACAAUAGCAACAAAAACAACAAUAAUACAAUAUAAACUAAACUAUAAUAGAAUUUAUUUAAAUUCACGCUGCCUGGCAACAACAACGACAACAACAACAACAGCAACAGCAAAAAUAACAACAACAGUUUUCGUGUAGUUCUCAUUUCGCUUGAAAGCAAAAGUUAUGUGAUAAGCAAAAGAUUCGGUGUGUGCGUGUGUGUGCUUUUUUCGCAGUGACAAUAUCCUGCGUGUGCUUGUGCGCGUGUGCUUAUAGCUGCGCAGGACGUGCCAGCCGAAAGCUGCUUAUCAGUGUAGUAGCUGUUGCUGCAGCAGCCUAUCUUGUUUUUGGCAAUCAGGCACAAGGUCAACAGCCCAACAGCUGGCGAAGGACCUAACAAAAACAAACAAACCACACAAAAGAAAAACACAACAAAUCUUUUUGAUAACAAUCAUUUUUAUGGUGAAAUUAAAACAUAAAUAUAAUAAAAAAAAGUAUUUAUUGAUUUUUAUAUAAAAAUAUAUAUAUACAAUAUAUAUAUAUUCUAAAAGCAAGAAAAACAAAUUUUUAAUAACAAUUACAUUUGACGAAGUCGCAGAAACUACAACAAAAAAAUACACAACAAAAUGUCUUCCAUGGCUGCAUUUGAUCAAAUCAAAAUUGGACUCAAAAUGGUCGACUUCAAGGUGCAACAGCGUCGUUAUCGUACCAGUGAAAAGACUGUCGUCAGCACCACCUACGGCCCCAUUAAGGGGGUCAAACGCAAGUCCAUCUAUGGCCAAUCGUAUUUCAGUUUCGAGCGUAUACCCUUUGCCCAGCCACCCGUCGGGGAGCUGCGCUAUAGGGCGCCACAGCCGCCAGAAAUAUGGACUGAGGUCAAGAGCUGCACAUCACAGGGUCCAAAGCCGCUUCAGAAGCAUUUUGUAUUCGAGAUGACAGACGGUUCCGAGGACUGUCUCUAUCUCAAUGUGUAUACUAAGAAUUUAUAUCCCACUAAACCAAUGCCGGUCAUGGUCUGGAUCUAUGGCGGCGGCUUUCAGUUUGGCGAGGCCUCACGCGAAUGCUACAGUCCGGACUAUUUGCUGCGCGAGGAUGUGGUCGUAAUAUCCAUUAAUUAUCGCCUGGGUCCACUGGGCUUCUUGUGCCUGGAGGAUCCCGAGUUUGAUGUGCCCGGCAAUGCGGGUCUCAAGGAUCAGGUCUUGGCCCUGCGCUGGGUGAAGGCCAACUGCUCGAGAUUUGGCGGCGACUCGAAUAAUAUAACAAUUUUUGGUGAUAGCGCGGGCAGCGCUUCAGUGCACUACAUGAUGAUAACUGAGCAGACGCGUGGCCUCUUCCACAAGGCCAUCUGCAUGUCGGGGAAUACCCUUUCGCCCUGGGCCGUAACGCCGCAGCGCAAUUGGCCCUAUCGACUGGCCGUGCAGGCGGGCUAUACGGGCGAGGCAACGGAGCGUGACGUUUGGGAAUUCCUGAAGAAUGCCAAAGGCUCUGAUAUAAUCAAGGCUAAUGGCGAGCUAUGCAUCGACGAGGAGAAAAAGGAGCGCAUUGGCUUCUCCUUUGGCCCCGUCAUCGAACCCUACGAGACCAGCCACUGUGUGGUGCCCACCAAGCCCAUCAUCAUGAUGCGCACUGCCUGGAGCAACAGUAUACCCCUCAUCCUGGGCGGCGUUUCCAACGAGGGUCUGUUGCUCUACUCCGAAACCAAGUCGAAUCCCAAGUGUCUCAACGAGCUCGGCGACUGUCGCUACGUCGUGCCCAUGGAGCUCAAUAUGGAUCGGGAUAGCGAACUGUGCAAGGACUAUGGCGAGCAGCUGCGUCAGUGCUACUAUGGCGAUAAGACGCCCAGUCUGGACACGCUUCACGAGUAUCUGCAGAUGGUCUCGCACGAGUACUUCUGGUUCCCCAUUUAUCGGACAGUAUUGUCGCGCUUGGAGCACGCGUCGAGCGCACCCACCUAUUUGUAUCGCUUCGAUUUCGACUCGAAGCACUUUAAUCAUCUGCGGAUACUCAGCUGCGGCAAGAAGGUGCGUGGCACCUGCCACGGCGACGAUUUGUCGUAUCUGUUUUACAAUUCGCUGGCGCGCAAACUGAAGAUUCAUACGCGGGAAUACAAGUGCAUCGAGCGCUUGGUCGGCUUGUGGACACAUUUUGCCGCAUUUGGCAAUCCCAAUUAUGAUCCCGAGCAGUCGGAGCUGUGGGAGCCCGUGUCGGCCAGUGCAAUUGAGAAGCAUCAGCUGAAGUGCCUUAAUAUAUCCGAUGAUCUGAAGAUAAUCGAUGUGCCCGAGCUGCGCAAAUUGAUGGUCUGGGAGAGUUUCUUUAAGCGUGACGAGCUGCUGUGAACAAGGCUGUGCUGUGAGGGGAUUGGGGGCCUCUACUUAGCAUUAGCAUUAGCUUUAUGUUGAAAACAAUGCAAAGCGUAGCUUUGAAGUCUAGAAAAAACCAUCUAUAUAUGUAUGUGCUGUUAAGUUUGUCCAAAAACGAAAUUCUAUUUAAGCCUGUUCAAGUUUGAUCCCAGUCUCCAAUGUCUAUAGAUCGCUGUUAGAUUCAGAUGCUAAUUAUUAUGAUUGAGGUUAGUUCUAGAGAAUGAUAUAAGUCGCAACUGAAGUACCUUUUGAAACGGCUUAACUUAUCCGUACGGCCAAUGAAUGCGCAUAAGAGAAAUGUUCCUUACUUAUAUCAAGCAUAUAUUUCCUUUAUAUAUAUGCAAAAGGCUGUCAAAGCGCCCUAACACUAUGAUUUUUCUUGUAUUAUAUGGCGUUCGAUUCUCUUCCGUGCACAAAAAAAAUGAAAAACUAACUCACCCAUAUAAUAAUAUUUUUUAUAUAUUAUAUUAUUUUUGGAAUACAAAAAACAACAACUCACCUAUAUAAUAAUAUUUUUUAUAUAUAUUAUUAUGUUUGAAUAUGUAAACCUUUUAUAAUAAUCUAAUUUUUGAAUGUGUAUUUGUUCUUUUUGUAGUAUACAAUUUACCAACCAGUCCAAGUUUUACAUAUUUAGGAAUAUGAUUCUUGUUUACAUAUAAUAAUAUAUGUUUAAUUAUAUAUAUAUUUACAUAGGACUUGAAUUUGAAUUUAAAUGUGUCUGUUGACUCAAAAAACACCUUGAAAUGUUUUUCGAAAUGCACAAAAGAAAUGCCAAUCUGAAAUCUUUGGAAUUGGCUUUUUUUUUUUGUAUAGAUACCACAUAGAGCAUUCUAAGACGAGCUCGAUAAAUUGAAUUUUCUAUAAGCUUCAAAUAUAUUGUGAUGCCACAAAUAAAAAACUAAGAAAUUUGAAAACCCAUAUUUUAAUA